AUGGGGUUCCGCCCACCGCCGCUAGCGCAGGGUUGCAAGGGCAGUUGGGCUCCUCCUCAUCUCUCCGUGGCCGCCGGAAUGCCGAAGCUUAGCAAAGAGGCCAAGCAGCGGUUACAGCAGCUCUUUAAGGGCGGGCAGUUCGCCAUUCGCUGGGGCUUCAUCCCCGUUGUGCUGUAUCUCGUGAGGGGAGGACCUCCAUUUGGGCCGCGGGGGGAGCAGGCAUCGGAGCAGCUUAACAGCAAGCGAAGCUGCGAUUAGACCAUGCGUUAGAGACUGCGGGCUUUAGCAGGCUCGCCUGCGUGUUUUUUGCAGUAGGCAGCCGUGUGUGAGGAAGAACUCUGUGCGUCCGGAGUUCUGCUUCGUAGCGCCUCAGCUUCGUGACUGAGAUUGAAUUUCCAGCUAGGUGCAGGUUACAGUCUCUCCCAAAAUGGUGUGGGUGCUAUUUAUGAACUGCUGUGGUUGCCCCGAUGUCAUGGCUGGCGGCCCAGGGUGUGUUUCACUUGCUCCUGUCAUGGGGCUGGCUAGGCAUCACUACCACAUGGUAGUUGUCCUGCCGAGUUUGGGCGGUGUGCCAUCAGCUGUCCUCAUUAAAGAACCUGACCCACUUAAAAUACGAA